GAGCGUGGGCGGCUUCGCGUUGUCCGCCUCCUGCAGCGGCGACGGCGGCUCCACGCCGUGCUCCAUCAAGCUGCGCGACACGUCGAGCCAGCCGCUGUGCAGACGCGCCUUCUGCUGCAGGCCCUUCGGCCUCAGCAGCCAAUCGUCGGCGAACACCGACUUGGCCGGCACGCGGGCCGCGCAGUCGGCCAGCCGGGCCACGUCGGGCCGGUCUCGGUCCAACGAGCCGUCCGACUGCACGCGCGACAGGCUGGCCGAGCCGUGGCCCAGAGUGCCGUAGGGGCUGGCCGGGCUGCCGGCGUCGGUCGGCCUCAGCGUGGCGUAGGCGGCGAGCGGAGUGUGCGCAGAAUGGGCCGACGGCAUGUCCGAGCGGGCCGUGCCGAUGGCGGCCAGCGGAGUGGACUUGUUGGUGCCGUGUCGGAUGAUGGGCAGCGGGUUGUUGGCCUUGAGGUCGGCGCGCCUGACGGGGAAGGCGAGAGACAGCUCCUCGGGAUGGCGAAUGCUGAGCUGGGCGCAGAUGCUGCGCACGACGGAGAAGAGGCGAGACGCAUAGCCGACCCUGAGCACGACGACGUUCAUGGAGGGCAGCACGACCUGCAGGCUGCCGUGCGUGCGCCGGAAGACGAGCCUGGCGUCCGACUGCACGCCGUACUGGUCCAAAGUGGUGCGCGUGUGCAGCAGCCACAUGUUGCGCUCCGACCACCAGAUGGCGUGGUCGGCCCAGCUCUGCUUCAGGCUGACGCACUCGGAGACGCGGUGCAUCAGACCGCCGAUGUGCAGGUCGCCGCUCACGCGCACCUUCACCUCGGCCCCGAUGUCGUCCACCAGCACGCACAGCUCCCACGAGCCGUCGACGCGCAGCCCGUCCACGAGUCCGCUCACCGCGCUGCCGCCGUUCGGCGCCCCGUACGCCAGGCUGGAGUCCGAGAAGGCGCCGCCGGACCACGACGGAUCCAUGCCGCCGGACAGGUCUCCGCCGCUCGGGUAGGCCGAGGGAAGAGUGGCCAUUGUCACUGCCCCGACGACUCAAACCUUCGCCGCCAGCAUCGGCGUCCGAGGAGGCAUGCUGGUGGGCGGAGCAAAGUAAUCCUUGUGAUAGAACGUUGUCCGGACAACGACAAAACUGUCACUGCCGCGAGUGUCCCGAGAGUGUCAGCAGGCCGGUCGAGGCGACAUGCAAAAUGUGGGAGAGAAAGGCACCAUAUGCGGCUGGCUGAAUGUUCGCCUAUUAACCGGGUCCUGGUUAGUCAGACACAGGCUGUUCAGGCAGGCUGCCAGGCGGACAAUCAGCCUAGCCGUCGAGCAAAUCGAUACUUCUGCUUGCACAAUUGUCGUCUGCGCUUUAUCAUCAGCUCGCCUGUCUGUCUGACCUAUUUUUUUGCUGUCGCUCGUACGACAAAAUGUGUCUCGCCGCAGACGGAUUGGUCACUUGAGCCUGCGGUGCUCUACUCUCGCAAUGCGACCCUCUUCUCUCCCUUCUUACUCUCGCCUCAGCGUCAGCUACAUUCUGACCGAUUUACUAUUUCGUCAUGGUACCGUGGCCUCACCGGGAGCCUCUUUCUGCAUACUCUCCUCGGGCAAGAAGAGACCAACGUCAAUCGGUUUUACUCGCUUCGUCACAUCCAUUGCUGUGAGUAUCUUUCACCAGACCAGGUCAACCAAGGUCAGAGCUGUAGAGACGUGUUACGGCCUCUUGUCUCCGUGACUGGCGUGCAUCUUAUGGGCCAGCAUUCAGGCAAGCUAGGUUAG